CUAUGACAUGAUAACUGGAGGCUCAUAAAUAAUUUAGAGGCUGGCAAAUUUGCCUUAGCAGUUUGCCGUCAUGGGCUCCUCGAAAAGCAAAGAGGAAAAGGAGGCACAAAGCAAACAAAGCAAGAAAACGAGCACCCAAGUGACCAACACUGAUCAUGGAUUUUCUCAAAAUAAUACUGCCACUAGUUUCCAGCGCACGAUAACUACGCAGCAUAGCUAUUCUAGCUCUCUCGCAUCGACCCAACUACAAGGCGAUGUUCAAAGAUCUGUUCAAUCAGUUUCUCCACGAUUUGCUAGUAAUACCAUUUCACCAGCAAGCAAUAUUGGUUCAGUGUUUCAAUUUGACAAUCCAACAUGGCGGGCUGGACAUUCAGGCACGGUUUCGGGUUUCCCGACUAAUUCACAACCUUCAAGGCCAGCUAUACCAUCAUAUACCCCCGCUGUUAGAGGUCCUUUAGGACAAUAUUCAUCACCGGUAUCAAGAUUGAGGACCUUGUCAACUCCAACAUUGGAAACCAGCCGGGCAACGCCCCGAAUGCAAUACGAUCUAGAUGUGAGACCAAUUAUUGACAUUAGAAUAAAGAAAAAGCCACAAUUAAUUAAAGAAAUUAAAGGCGGCAUUCCUAUGUAUAAUACAAUCGGGCCUAGACGGGGUAAGUCUUUGAUCAUCAACAACAUCAAAUUCAAAACAAAACCUCGAAGUGGUGCCGAAUACGAUGGCAAAAAUUUGUUCAAUCUUUUCAAAGCUUUAAAUCUUGAUCCAAAGACAAAGAACAAUUUGAAAGCUAAUGAAAUGAAAGUGUGUCUGGAAGGUUUUGCAAAGAGUCCCGGACUGGAUAAAGUUGAUAUGUGUGUUAUUGCAAUCAUGAGCCAUGGGACGGGAACCAUGGACGCACAGACGGAAAUUACCGGUAUUGACAACGAAACAGUUACGAUUUUCGAUAUAAUUUCAUAUUUUUCGAAAGACAACUGCCCCAGUUUAUACGGGAAACCAAAAAUAUUUAUAUUUCAAUGUUGCCGGGGUGAAGACCAGUUGGUUGAGCACGAUGCCCAGCCAAUGAGACCCCUUAAUUGUGGUGACAUGCUGUUGGCUUAUGCAACUAUGCCAGGUUUCGUAUCUUACCGAAAUGUCGAGUUGGGUUCAUACUUCAUUAGAGAGAUUUGCAACGUUUUUAUGAACCAUGCGUGUGAUACUCAUUUAGAAGAUAUGCUUAAGAAAGUGGGAGAAAGCGUUAAGGAAAAAUUAGGUUCCAAACGACAAUUGACUUCCUAUGAAAACCUGUCAUUUAAAAACUGCUAUUUUAAUCCUGUGUGAUAUAUAUUUAAUCAUUGAAAGAUAAUUUACAAAAAAAUUGUUGUUAAAAGCCUAUAUUUAUGAAAAUAUAAAUGUGCGAACGCAUGCGAACACUA